AUGUCCACUUCAUGGACUCCGAUCUCUCUAUUUUAUGUAGCUGCCAGUCUCCUCUUGGUGCAAUGUGUUGAUUUAAAUUGCCCGGAUGACUAUGAUCGUUCGCAGUACCUCGAUGACCAAACUCGCAACUAUCUUCUCUGUUGGACAGUCGACUGGCAUCACAAAGUCAUCACGUUUGCCGCCAAAGUCGCCACCACCGGAUGGUUUGGUUUUGGCAUCUCUCAGAAAGGAUACAUGCCCAACUCGGAUGUACUGAUCGGAUGGGUAAAAGACGGAAAAGGGUUCUUGCAGGAUCGAUUUGCCUUCGACCGAUCUCUCCCACCUCUAGACCCUAUUCAAAAUGUGAGACUGAUCUCGGCAAGAGAAGAAGACGGGACAACCACGUUGGAAUUUAGAAGAAAACUAGAAGCUUGCGAACGGCGUGACCACAGCAUUGAGAAAGGCACAACCCGAAUCAUAUUCUCUUACAAUCCACACGACCCCGAGUCUGAAGACGCACUAUCCAAGCACACAAUUGCGGGCAGGGUGAGCGUGAGCCUUUUGAGCGGUACCGGGAACGUUGAACCAGCACCACUCGAGUCCGACCACAAAUCGUUUCUUCUAGGAAACCCGAGUGUGAGAGUACCUGCCAGACCAACUACCUACUGGUGUGUUCCAUUCGAGCUGCCAACACUGCAAAGCGAAGCCCACGUGAUCAGAUUUGAGCCCGUCAUACAGGAAAAUCACAAGCAGCUUGUACACCACAUACUAAUAUAUCAGUGCAGCGAUGACGUCAUACCUCAUCUUCAGGAAUCGUGGGACUGUGACCAUCCACUCGAUCACAUUCCCCCGCACAUUCGCACAUGCCGAGGCGGAGCUGUGGUCUACGCGUGGGCAAUCGGUGGAACAGCAUUGUCAUUUCCUUCCAAUGCGGGAUACCCUUUCAGCGGUGCUACAGGGAUCCAAUAUGUUGUCAUGGAAACUCAUUAUAACAACCCUGAAAGUAGCCCUUCCUACGUUGAUAGUUCGGGUGUGAAGAUGUAUUACACACCCACCAAGCGACCCCAUGAUGCAGCUACUCUCAUGCUUGGUCAUCACGUGUCAAUCUACAGCUAUCAGCUGCUAAUGCCAUCCAGAAAGAAAGACAUCAUUCUAGAGAACAUCUGUCCGAACAGUUGUACUCAAGCGGGUCUACCACAAGAAGGUGUCAACGUAUUUGCUAGCUUUCUCCAUUCCCACACUGCUGGGAGAGGUAUGUGGGUAAAGCAUAUACGAAAUGGAAUCAAGCUCCCUGACAUCGACCGAAAUGACAACUAUGAUUUCGAUUUUCAGGAUGUAGUCUUACUGGAGAAUGAAGUAAAAAUCCUCCCUGGAGACGACGUGCAAGUAUUCUGUAGGUACCACACAUCUAACAGAAAUCAAGUGACGCUGGGUGGACUCAAGACCAUGGAUGAAAUGUGUCUGGCUUUCCUAUUUGUUUAUCCCAAACCAAAGUUAAGUACUUGCCUCAGCCACAUUCCAUGGUCUUCAUUGAUUCAAUAUCUCUCAUAUGCAUCCCUACUUGGAGAAUUUGUCGACAACGGAAAUAGAUCCGCAGACACAAGAACACAGCUAAUACAGCUUGGCAAAGACUUAAAGAACAUGAAAUUCAAAACCAGAGCUUCACAUCAGCUCUGGUCACAAACAUACUGGUCCAGUAGAAAAAGAGAAUUCACAUGUUCCACCUCCUUUGACGAAAACCUUUUGAAAGGUACUCGUGAAACGUAUUUACCAGCCGAAAAGAAAGGACAACGUGUAAUAAGAAAAUUACAACCAAAAUUAUGUUUAGAUUCUGAUGCUGAAAAGGUUUCAAGUUAUCUUUGGAUUAUCACUGUCCUAUUAACAAGGAUGUGGCUGUAACAAUUAGACAUCAAAUGUUCCUUUGACCACAAUGAAAACUUCUUAAGUGUAGAAGAAUGUUAACAGCUUGUUCAUCUAUCAUAAGUACGACAUAAAUAAACCACUAGUGUCUAUAAAUUUGUUCAAUAUAUAACCUAUU